AUGAAUUCUAAUAUUAGUGGUCAUUCUCCUUUUGCAAACUCCUCCUCUUCUUCUUCGUCAUCCGAAUUUGAUGAAUGGUUAAAAGAUGAGAUUGAAGCAAUGGAGAUUGAAGAACGAAUCUUAAUCAACGUAAUAGCACAAAAUAACUAUCUCAUUCACCACCUCAUCCAACAAAACGACCAGGCAACAAUGGCGGAAUCUCCGGAACAGGUAAACCUAAUCCCAAUCGAAGCAACAUCUGAAAGCUUCGCAGAUUAUGGUCAAGUCAUCGAAGCCUCCUCAGACGGUGAUCACUUUGGUCCUAACGAUGCUCAGUUAGAUCUCUCCAGAGGAAUCCCACGAUUCUAUAUCAUGCGGCUCAAAGACCGUUCCUUUGGCUUCUCCACCAUCACUCACCACGCAAACGUGACACAGUGUUUGGGAUCUAUAGGAGGUCACGUUUGGUACCUUGGUGUAGCUAAGCCAUCUCUUAUUGAAGAUGUUGAUAGAGAACGUGUUGUUGGAGGUAAUGUUGAAUCUGGUUCCAAUGGUCACUUGUACGCGCUUCCUGCGGUUGAGGAUGUGCGCGUCUUCAGGUUUUCAGGACCGAAGUUUGUUAAACUGAACCGUGGUACGUGGCAUGCUGGACCGUUGUUCAGUGAGAGCUCCAUGGACUUCUACAACUUGGAGCUUAGCAACACAAAUGAGGUGGAUCACACGACACAUGAUUUCAAGAAGAAGAAUGGUAUCAUCUUCCGGUUUAACUGAUCUCAAAGAGGAUAGCACAUCCUCUAAGUCAUAAUCCUAUAUAUGAUAGAUCAGUGUGGUUCUGUUUUCAUGUCUUAUAAGCAAAUAUGAUGAGAAACGUUUUCUUUCUUAUAUUCACUGUGUUCUGUGUACAAAUUGUAACUUCUCUAAAUCUGUUCAAUCUAUUCACUUACUAACCA